AUGGAGGUGGAGAACAAAUAUGUCACACUCAAAAACUACAUUAACGGAAAUCCAUCAGAGUCCAACCUGGAGAUCACAAGCACCCUACUGUCAUUAACAAUAGAGGAAGGAUCAAAAGAUAUGAUUGUUAAGGAUCUGUAUGUUGUGGGUUCAAAGAAGAUCUUGCUCUUGCAGGAAAUUGAUGCAUUCGGUAUUUGGAGGGUUGUGGCCUCAGGUAACCCGGGCUUCCAGAAGGAUGACUUGGUCGGGGGAGUUCUUGGAUGGGAAGAGUACAGUAUUUACCUAUAUGACAUGGAGAAAGAUACAGGGACCGGCGGAGUUAAACAGCUUAUGGUGGGUUUUACGACAUCUGCAAACCAAAGAAAGGCGAAAAAACUGUUUGUAUCAGCAGCGUCAGCAUCAGUUGGCAAUCUGGUCAGACAAUUUGCAAAGCUUUCUGGUUGCUAUGUUGUUAGCUCUGCUGGUAGUAAGAAAAAGGUCGUCAUCUCCUCGCUAACUAGCAAUUUUGAAUUUUGUCGUAGAAUAUGUUGA